AUGCUUAAGGUAUUGGAGCCAUUGCAUGAAAAGCUCGAGGAAGGAGCUAUGAGGAACAAUACUACCAUAAAAGAGAAAGCCUUCAUACAGGCUUGGGAUCUCUAUUACCACGUAUUCAGGCGGAUUGAUAAGCAGCUUCAAACUCUCACCACCCUGGAUUUGCAGUCUGUUUCCCCAGAACUUCUGGAGUGCCGGGAUUUGGAGCUAGCCGUUCCUGGAAGCUAUAUAGCAGAUUCACCAGAGGUAAAAAUUGCAUCAUUUGCCCCCCAGCUUUCUGUCAUCACAUCGAAACAACGACCUCGUAAGUUGACAAUUCUUGGGAGUGAUGGAAAAGAGUAUACCUUCUUGCUGAAGGGGCAUGAAGAUUUACGACAAGAUGAACGUGUCAUGCAGGUCUUCUUGAGCUUCAGAGAAUUCGCCUUCCUCCAUUCCCUCGCCCACGUACCAGUGAACAAAGGCACUCUUCGAUACAUGAGAUCAAAAUUAAUGUCAAUGCGUGAGAACACCUUGGCCACACUAGUUGAGUUGGAAUCAUGCAGAUGGCUUUCUGUACCCUUGCAAGAUCGCCACCGGGGACAACAGUGGGUGGCGGUAGUUUAUACCACUCUUGAAAAUAGUAGGGCACCAGUCGACAAACUGGAUAGUCCGCUUAGUCUUGAUGGUUGCACCUAUAGGGCACCUGUCAACAAAGUGAAAUUGUGGAACAAAGAGAACAUCAUGUAA